AUUUUUUUUUUUACAGAUGUGUACCUUACUUGUUUAAGUCAUGCCCUAUCCACAGAGAAAGAAGAGGUUAUGGGACUGCUGUUAGGUCACGUAGAUCAACGUCUCGAUUUAUCAGUUCAAGCGGGUGGUUCGUAUGGACAAUCAUUUAUUGAAAAUGUAAUCAUUCUUCAAAGAAGUGUCCGUCAAGCUGAUCGAGUUGAAAUAUCUCCCUUGCAAUUGUCUGCAGCUGCUCAAGAAGCUGAAAAACUAUCAAUUGAGCUUGGUAAACCAAUUAGGGUACUUGGAUGGUACCACUCACAUCCACAUAUUACUGUUCAGCCAUCACAUGUUGAUAUGCAAACACAGUCCAAUUACCAAGCCAUGGAUCCUGACUUUGUAGGAUUAAUAUUAUCAGUUUUUCAACAAGAAAAUAAUGAAAAGUUUGCCAAUUCUUCACUGAUUUGCUUCCAAGCAGUAAAUAUUGACGGUGUUUUGAGAAGUCGAGAAAUUGUGCUGAGUAUUUCUCCCCCGGAAUCUGCCGCAGGGCGUGAAAUCAAAAAAUUAGCAAAAAUUACAUUAAUGUUGUUAAGUGAAGAGAGAGACCAUAUGGAUAAAUGCUCGUCUAGUGACUUGGUUUCUAAAGUACAUAACAAAGCAGUAUUUACGCAAGCAAUUUGUCAACUACUUCAAUGUUGCGAAAUGCCCUGCGUCAGUGCAGUUCUCGCUUAUGAACAAUCUAUGUUAAACAAUUUAUAUCGUUUACAGUUAGUAAAGCAAAGUUUUGAUAAUCUAACUAAAUGUUAGUGAUGCUAUCAAUGAUUACGGAGAAUAUCGAUGGUUCAAAAUAACCACUAAGGUUGCUUGCAGGCGAUGAAGAUCGAUAAUUUGAACAUAUAUCUUGUUUAUAGUGAUAGCCCACUGUAUUGUCAAUAAACUAAUUAAACAGAA